GUUGCGUGUUCCAGCAUCAUUGGCGAGAAACACUGUUAAUAGGUCGGUUGCGAGUUUUGUGAGAUCACUCAGCGCACUUCAGUACUGACCAUUUUAACCGUUUUUAUUCGACAAUGAAUUCCGACAUUAAUUGGCUAACGUUGGUGGUGGGGGUCAUCCUCAUCGCUCGAAUGGAUUUGGUUGCCACAGGUCCCGUUUGCUCAGACGAUUAUUGGCCUUGCACUUGUAAAGUAGUUAACACGUCAGCUGGUGUCAAUCGACUACAGAUACAUUGCGAUCAAAUCAGAUACGUUGGAAUCGUCAAAGCAGUGUUUGAGCGCACCCCUUCAGCUGACGUGCAUUCCUUUUACAUGACCAUACCUGAAACAUCCGGUUCAAUGCUAGAAUAUUUAUUCCAACGGUCAAUUGUUCGAAAUAUCUAUCUGACUUGUCAGACAGAUAGCACAAUUUUUAAAAUUAAUACGUACUCUUUUACUAGUUUAAAAAAUUAUCUCGAAAGUUUCCAUAUUGACAAUUGCGAUUUGCGCGAUUUGAGCGAAUCGGAGUGGAAUACGUUUUCGAAUUUUCAUUUUUUGAAGAGUUUAACUUUUUCAAGAACAAAAAAAUUUAACAAAGACAAUCUUAAAUAUUUUCCCAGGCAAUGGAGUUUGACAACGUUAAACAUUACUCAUUCAUAUAAUUUCGAGACCCUCUUCUCUCAUUAUGCUGUUCAUGAAAAAUUUCCCCGUUUAGUUAAUCUAGUAAUGAACUACUGUCCAAAUGUUACUACCAGCGCGGAAUAUUUAGAAAUGUCGCUAUAUUUGCUAAGAAUUGGUUUUGAAAUUGUCGAAAUGAAUGGCAACCAAUUUAGUGACGUAGAUGCUGAAAACAUUUUAAAACAAUUCUCCUAUCGCUCAGAAGAAACUUUGCGGUCAUUUUCGUUGAGGGAAAACCGUCUGACGCAAUUGCCAAACAUCGACAAGUUUCCCGCACUUGCCCAUUUGAGACUGGACAACAACAAUUUUACAAACGAGAACUUUUCCCUUGCUCAAUUGAACGGAAGCAGACUUCAAACGCUAACCCUGUCCUCUUGCAAUUUGAAGAACAUCAAACCCCACGCACUUGAAGUCGAUGGCGAUCAUUUCCAACUCAAAUUACUUGAUCUUGAUAACAAUAACUUAACCAAGUUCAAAUAUUCCGUCUUCAAAAAUAUUUUGCGGAAAAUGGCCGACCGUUGGGAGGAUCCCGGAGUUAUUCACGUCCAUCGCAACGCGUUCGAUUGCGACUGUCACUUGGCCUGGCUGAUAGUGGAUAACCGACACUUGCUGAGGCACGUCAGGGGAGCGAGAUGCUCCGACGGACUUGCCUUCACCAAACUUUGGCCGAGCCAAUUCGCCGCUUGUAACGGAACUUCCGGUCAAUUGAAGCCUCGCUCUAAACAUCCUUAAUCAUUUGAUAAUAAUGACCCGCCACACCAGUUAUUAUAUUAAACCCAGCAACAUUAUAGUAUACCAUGUGUCUGUAUCCUUAUUCUAAUCAAACUGCACGCAUACCCAAUAACACCCUGAUGGAUGGAUAACCGUGUGCAAACAAAAUAAAGUUGUAUUUUAUACUGCACGAACCGCAGCGUCGACACGACAUUUCCUUUCUAUGACUUAUUUUCCCGAGACUUUUCCCCGUGGAUUAUAUUGUUUGCCCAUCCAGUGCACACCCAUCGUUUACCGUCGUGCACGUCAGAGAUAAAUUCUAAAAGGCAGAGAUAUUGAUGCCCAAUAGGUUGCAAUCGAGCCUUCUAGACUCGUGGCGUCUAUAUGUAAUACAGUAAAAUGUCCAACGUGCGACACGAGUU